ACAGUACUCAGGUGAACGUGGUCGAUUGGUUGAGUCUGCGCAGGUAGUUUCGGAAGAGCUGACAACGUAGUGUUGGGAGUAAACAAAAGCUUGUGGGGUUUUUUUUUUUAACACACCGCGGCUGUCUUGGGUUGUUCAGGAAGCUACCACAGCUUAUAUUUUAUUGUAAUUUACCUGUAAAUAAUGAGCCGCGUUAAACUUUUUCAAAGUACGUUGCUCGACACAGCUGUUGUUUGGGAUUUUCGCUGAACGUUUCCUGAUUCAUCUUAUCACCGUCGAAACUCCCGAUACCACUCCUGAUAGGUUUGUCGGUGUUGAACUCUGCCCGUCAUCAUUAUGUGCCACUUUUCACCAUAGGUAAUGUAGAAUACAGGUGUUUGUUGGUGGUUGGUUAAAGAAAAGUGUACAUAUAGUGGUUUGAACGAGCUGGGUUGCGUUGUUAAAUGGUACUCUGCCCUCUCGAGACCGUCAAUUAAUGCCCCACCCGUUAUACGCGCGCAGGUGCACGCGUUACCAUGUUGUUUCAUCUGUUCAUACUCCUUCAACUCCUACCAUGUGGAGAUCUGGCCUGUAUGAGGAGGUUACAGUCGACACAGAAAGGAGAACAAGACCAAGAAGUGUUUGUAGAUGAGGGGGACGCAAAUUCGUUCCUGGGUCGUCACCUGCUGUUCAACCGGUUUGACUUUGAGAUUUUCGUUCCUGGAAAUCUGGAAAGGGAGUGUUAUGAAGAAAGAUGCAGUUACGAAGAGGCAAGGGAGGUCUUUGAGAACAUCCCUGCUACAGAUGAGUUUUGGAAGAAAUACACAGCAGAUAAAGACAAGGGCAGUCGGGUUGAUGUGACAUCUCUUUUGGUGGGACUGAUUGCUGGUGGAGUGGCCCUCGUUAUCGUUUGCCUACUGGUCUGGUAUUUCUGUCAAGGCAAUUGCAAGAGCGGCCGCACAAACUCCAUACGGCGACCAAGGAGGAGUAAUGCUUCUGUAGUGAUACGACGGCUAGAGGAGGUGUCCUUACAGCCUGUGCUCCCACCUGGUUCUCCACCCCCUAUGGAUGAUAUUGACCCCCCAGGGCUGCCUUCCUAUGAGCAGGCAAUUGCUAAAAGUGGACAGCAUGAUGCCCCACCUCCUCCCUAUCCUGGCUCACGGCAUGGAAGUAUUCGGCGAUAGUAUCUUCAGGACAGCACAUCAGCACGUCUGUCAACAUUGAGCAGACAAUUUACAGCUAAUGUUUACACUGUGCUGCUCUGCUUUACAUUUUAUAACAGUUUUCAUCAUAAUAAGAUUUAAACAGUGCCUUAUGCCUCCUGGUCAUCACUCUGAUUAUUCUUUCUGGUCCAUUGUUGUACCUCUUUCCUUAACAGUAUAAUCUUGUCUUAACCUGCUGGUGCCAAAAUGUAUUUUUGCGGUAACCUCUCUUAACUAUUUUUACAGAUGUGAUUAUGCUUUGUAAUAUAAACCCAAACCUGUGGUGAAGCUUUAUAAUACAUUGUUCCAGUGUGCUGCUUUUUGUGUAAAUGAAAAUGAAGAAUCAAUAAGUGUUGGACAUGAGAGCUUUAAGCUGCUGCCCGUAAAAGGAGCAGCUGCUUUGGACACAGCACGCAUAGAAGAGCUGAGAACAAGAUGUUGUUUAAUUACAUGAUAAGUAUUAAUUGCAGUCAGAGAUAGACAGACUGUUUAUGUGGUUAUAGGCGUCCUGGCUCUUUCAGAAGGUAAAUAAUAACAGCAAAAUUGAUUUUAAUGGCAUGAUGGUUAAUAUUGUUAAUGUAUUAAAGUAAAUGUUUUUAAGGAUAAUUUAAGUGUUUUGAUGCUCAUCUUACUUUAUUAAGACUUACUUUGUAUUUUCAGCUGUGUAUCUUCAUCUUUUACCCUUUUUAUUUUAAUUUUCUAAAUGUGCAGAUUUUCUUUCUGAGAAAGCUUUUUUAAUAUGUGAGUGUCUACACUGUGGUUCAUUAUUAAUUGUACUAUAAACAGAUGGAGACGAAAGCUCUUUAAAGGCAGUUUCACAUCAUUUUACACAGAAGGACUUAGAAUAUAAUUUAUAAUUACACAAUAAGGUUAUAGUUGUGGUGAAUAAGAGGGCUAAAAAAUGUCAGGGGCUGUGAUGGAUGCUGCAUAGUUUGAAUAAGUUUGAACCAUUAUACAAACCCGUUGAAUGCUGGUGUCUCAGAAGAGAUAAAAUGCAUUAUGCUUCUGUAAAUUACCAAAGUUUCCUCAUGACAGUAUGGGCAUUUGUUGAGGGAUAGUUUUGUUGAAGAGAGCGAGAGAGAGAGAGUAGAUCUGAAGCAUGACUACUUGAAAUGAAAUUCAUUCAUGCAUGUUUUAAAUAAAAUGGAUAUUUUAAUUAUUUUUGUGUCUGCUGCGUGUGCGUGAUGGAUUUGUAUUUACUGUAUUUAUUCGCACUCGAGAUUCAGUGUGAAUACGAUCAUUUUUGGUCAGUGACAUUAGAUUAAAAUGAUGUAUUGUUUUACUGUGAAAUAAACUAAUGCAAUAUCCAAAGUGUAAAAAUGACCAAUCAUCAUCUUGUGUCACUGUCAAUCAGAUUUGAACACUCUG